CAUACAAUAACUUUUAGCACAAAAUUUAAUUUUCAUUUAUUCUUGUAUUGCAUUUACUGAGCAUAAGAUCUAUAGUAGAAAUAGUCGGAAACAAUGGCUAAAUAUACUGUUGAAGUCAUAUCAAACCACGUCUGCCAACUGGGAGAGGGUCCGCAUUGGGACCAAAAGUCUCAGACAUUAUAUUACGUGGACCUAUUGAACGGAGAUGUUUGUCGACUGUAUCCUAAAACUAAAGAAUCGGAGAUCAAUCACAUCGGAGAGAUUGUAUCGGUAUUGGUUCCCAUCAACAACAACGACAAUGACUUCAUUAUCGGUCAAAAUAACAAACUCUUUAAAUUCAAUUGGAAUACAAAACAAUUGAAACAAUUGGCUGAAGUGGAAAAAGAUUUGACCGGAAAUCGUUUGAAUGACGGCAAAUGUGAUGCCAGCGGCAGGUUUUGGGUCGGAAGUAUGGGUCCCGAGUCAUCACCCGGUGUUGUCGAUCCCGAUAGAGGUUCCCUUUAUUCCUAUGGCAAUGAAUUAGAGAAAAAGUUUGAAACCGUAAAUCUUUCCAAUGGUAUCGCCUGGUCUUUGGACAACAAAAUAAUGUAUUUCAUUGAUUCAACCAAAAGACUAAUUUAUUCUUUUGAUUACGACAUCAAUAAUGGAUCUAUCACAAAUGAAAAGAUUUUCUUUGAUUUCAAUAAAAGACAAGAUUUGCCAAAAUCUCUAUUACCGGACGGUAUGACUAUAGAUAAAAGCGGAAAUCUAUGGGUCGCCUGUUUUAACGGUUCUCGGAUUAUCAAUAUUAACACAAAAACGGGUGAUAUUAUAGACACGAUAUCAUUGCCGACCAGUUGUAUCACAAGUGUGUGUUUUGGUGGUCAAGAUCUGAACCAAUUGUUUGUUACGACCGCUUCUAAGCCAUUGGACGCUCAAAGACGAGCUGAAGAGCCGACUGCUGGCCAUCUCUUUCGAAUCACUUCAGAUUCACCCGCUUUCGGAGGUUUGGACACCAGUUAUCGAUUUAAUGAGUGA